AUGAACUUUUAUUUUCACUUAGAUAAGUAUUUUUGCAUAUUAAUAGCUGAGCUCCGCCAGCCCGGGCUUUUGCUGGCCCUUUUUACCGCGCUUGAGCACAGCAUUUCCCAGGGAGAACUACUCGAUUCCGCUACCUCUACCGCCUCCAGCCUCAUGACAUCAGGCGUUUCCUUCAUUGGAUCGCAUUAUAGUCGUGCUCGUCGUCGUCUGCUGGCUGGUCUCCGUCACAUGGCAAUCUUUCCUUUAUUCAACGGUGGCCUUGUCAGCCUGGCCGAUUGCCAGUCGGCAACUGGCGAGUUAUCAAACAUCAUAUGUCCUGGUCUUUGGUUACCUCCAGAUCCAACCAGCCUGACUUGCUUCUCCUCGCCUGAUUCUUAUGGUCAGCUCUAA